AUGUUGGAUCUGGUAGCGGCAGUGGCUUUGUUGGUGGCGACGACUGUGGAUCUUGUUUAUCCGGGAGUCACCGCUCCGCCACCUGGCUCCCUCCCAAGAAGCGAAGAGCUCUCCGUAAAAAUCCAGGAUUUGAGGUUUGAAACUGCGACUACUAGAAUUAAGGUGACCCCCGAUGGCGAGUAUCUAAUAGCUUCAGGUAUUUACCCACCCCAAAUAAAAGUGUAUGAAUUGAAGGAACUAUCUUUGAAGUUUGAAAGACAUUUCGUAUUUGAAAUCAUUAAUUUCCAGCUCUGUUUGUCUCCAUGCUAA